UAAGUAAUUUAAGUGUAAUUGCCGUGGUAAUUUCUUAAAUUAACUGCAGUAAAUUGAAAUCCUAACCUUACUUACGUGAUGUAAAAUAUUAAAGACUGAAACAUAUUUUUAAACAUGAAGUGAUUAUUUAAUGAAUGUUAUUAUAUUAGAGUUAAUAUUAGGUAUUAUUUAAUUAUUGUUAUUAUAUGCAUAAUUAUUUAUUUAUCUUAUCGCAAUUCCCAAUCCGUCCGAAUCAGCGCAAAAAUCAUCUAAUCUCGUAAAACAAAUCCGAUAGCCGGCUGCGCCCUCUGUCCGCCGUCCGUCGCAAACCGGAAAUGGGAUACGCUUCCGCCGUGGAAUUGGCGGACGACGAGGAACAGACGCAAUUACCGCCGACGUACGUCGUGGUCAAGGUCGUGCCGGACAUCCACGAGAGGGCGCUACAGUGGCUGGUGGGCAAGAUCAGGGCGAAGAAGAGCGAUGGGGGUGGGGAGCUGGUUAUCAUGAUGGAGGAGAAGUAUUCGUCUGAGCAGGAAUAUACCUUCCAUAUAUCCGCUACUAAGAUCAAAUUACUAGAAAUAGCCGAAGAAUUAGAACUAAUUAAAAGAGAUGCUCAUGGGAAACUUAGGGAAUUUACAGUGGCCCAGCUCGAUGACUUUCUUCCUAAUGAUAAGACUAUAGAUGAUCUCCUAACUCUCUCUGAUAAACAAACUCUAGUCACUCACGAGCUGGAAAAUAUUAGAGCAUCAUCCGAUGAUAAAUUUAUACCAGGUUAUCCGUUAUUCAAGUUGUACGAUAACCAGGCCAUAAUACCCUUUGCUCAGAAUUGGGGCUUGAUAACGAAAAUAUAUCCGUUGCACGAGGAGGAGGCGCUGAAAAAGCUGGCUGGGAGUUGGUACAUGCCGAGGUUCAUGAGGCAGCCCAUCGAGGACAUUAGGAAUUAUUUUGGAGAAACUAUUGCUCUUUACUUCGCUUUUUUGGAAUACUACACUUUAUCGCUGGUUGUGCCAGUUAUUUUAGGACUGUUAGGAUACGUCUUCACAGAAACCGUGCCAUUUUUCUGUGCCUUUAAUGUCGUUUGGGUGACAUUAUUUUUAGAACUAUGGAAGAGGAAAAGCAAUUCGCUAGCCUACAAUUGGGGUACUAUUGGUAUGACGAGUCUGGACGAACCGAGACCUGGUUUUCGUGGAGUCAUGGGUGUGGAUGCUGUCACAGGAAAAGUGUGUCCGCAGAGUCCCAGGUUUAUGACUACCCUCAAAAUGUACCUUGUGUCCCUUCCCAUUGUGGCUGUAUGCAUGGUUUUAGCCUUCUACCUUAUGCUGAUCUCUUUUUGGGUGGAGGAGUAUAUGAAAGAGUAUGUGGAUCCCGAUGGAUGGCUUAUUAUGAUCCCUAGUGUGGUGUACAGCUUGCUGGUCACUAUUGUUAGUGCUUACUUUAGGGAUUUUGCAACUUAUCUUACGGAAUGGGAGAAUCAUCGCACCCAGUCACAGUUCGAGAGGCAUCGGGUGACGAAGUUGGUGCUGUUCGAGUUCGUCAACCAGUUCCUCUCCUUGUUUUAUAUCGCCUUCAUUAUGAAAGACAUCUCCAUGCUGAGAAGCCAACUGAAAACUAUGCUGAUAAUUUCGCAGGGCGCCAAUCAUUUCCAAGAGGUUUUUAUGCCGCUUACCAUGAAUUACUACUAUAGCAGCAAGACUGAAAAACUGAAGCAAAAAGCUAGACGCAGCUCGGAGGCCGGCCAGGCCCAGGAAAAAGCCGUCGAAAGAAGUUUUCCUUUAUUAAACAUCCCCCAGUUGCCAGUCGACGAUCCCAGAAUAAGUCAGGCUGAAAAUGAAGGAAAUAUGGAAGAAUACCAGGACACUUUUGACGAUUACUUAGAGCUUUACAUACAAUUCGGCUACGUCUUUUUAUUCUCUUCGGUGUAUCCGAUAGCUGCUCUGUGGGCGUUGAUUAAUAACGUCCUUGAAAUCAGAGCGGAUGCUUACAAGAUUUGCAAAUUGUACCGAAGACCGACAGCAAGACGAGUUAAGGACAUCGGAGCUUGGCAGAGAUCCUUCGAAGUCCUUGGAGGUCUAUCCAUCAUGACGAACUGUGGCGUGUUGUACUUAAGUCCCGAUGUAAGAAUGCUGCUUCCCGAUUGGUCAGAAGUUCGGAUCCUCCUGUUGUUCAUAUGCCUGGCUCAAUUUUUAUUGGGUGUUAGAUAUUUUCUACACAUCGGCAUAUCCGACAAACCAGAAUGGGUCAGGGUAGCUCUAGCGAGGAAAAAUUACGAGUCGAGACAGGCUCUUAAGUUUGAGCGAUCCCAAAGAAAUAAGAAGAUACUUUAUCGAUUUAGAACCAUCCAUGGAACACCAGCACGUAGACAUUAAUUCUCAAAAAUGUGUCUAUGAAAUCAUAAAUGUAUAAAAAUAUAACUAACGUUAAUAUAAAUUUUCUAUAACGCUUUGUACUGAAUUUUUUUCUGUAAGUUCUGAAAUUAUUAAACAAUAAUGCUUAUAUUUGUUAUGUUUGAAAUAAAUAUUGAAAGUUA